CGCCCCGCGGCCCGCCAUGGGCUCGCUGUUCCGCGGCGAGCCGAUGUGCCUGGCGCAGCUCUUCCUCCAGAGCGGCUCGGCCUACGAGUGCCUCAGCGAGGUGGGCGAGCGUGGCCUGGCCGAGUUCCGAGACCUCAACCCAAAUGUAAGUCUAUUUCAGAGAAAAUUUGUGAAUGAAGUAAAGAAGUGUGAAGAAAUGGAAAGAAUACUUGGGUAUUUAGUACAAGAAAUUAAAAAGGCGGAUAUUCCACUUCCUGAAGGAGAUGUUGCUCCUCCUGCCCCCUUGCUGAAACACAUUUUAGAAAUCCAGGAACAGUUGCAGAAGCUGGAGACAGAAUUGAGGGAAGUAACUAAAAACAAAGAAAAGUUGAGGAGAAACCUGCUUGAACUGACAGAAUACACAUGCAUGUUAGAGGUCACGCAAAGAUUUGUCAGGAGAACAGCUGAGUAUGAAUCCCAUUUACAUGCAAAUUAUGAAGAAUUUCCAUCUGUGGAAAAUGAGCCAUUAGUGGAUUACAACUGUAUGCACAGACUGGGUGCCAAGCUGGGAUUCAUAUCUGGGUUAGUUCACAUAGCGAAAGUUGAAGCAUUUGAAAAAAUGCUGUGGAGAGUCUGUAAAGGAUAUACUAUUGUUACAUAUGCAGAGUUGGAUGAAUGUCUGGAAGAUCCAGAUACAGGUGAAACCACAAAAUGGUUUGUUUUUUUAGUGUCCUAUUGGGGUGAACAAAUUGGCCAGAAAGUUAAGAAGAUUUGUGACUGCUAUCACUGUCAUGUGUAUCCCUAUCCAAAUAACAUGGAGGAGCGCAGGGCAGUGGUUGAAGGACUAAAUGUUCGUAUUCAGGAUCUUCAUACUGUGCUGCAUAAAACUGAGGAUUACUUACGCCAAGUCUUGUGUAAAGCAUCUGAAUCCAUCUAUACAUGGGUUAUCCAAGUGAAAAAGAUGAAAGCCAUUUAUCAUGUACUCAACCUGUGCAGUUUUGAUGUCACAAAUAAAUGUUUAAUUGCUGAGGUUUGGUGUCCAGUGGCUGAUCUGCAAAAUUUGCGCCAUGCGUUGGAGAAGAGGAAGAGUGGGGCUACAAUUUCUUCAUUCAUGAAUACCAUCCCAACAACACAACCUCCUCCAACUUUGAUACGUACCAAUAAAUUCACCUCAGGAUUCCAAAACAUUGUUGAUGCUUAUGGAGUUGGAAACUAUGGGGAAGUUAAUCCAGCUCUCUAUACCAUCAUCACUUUUCCCUUUCUGUUUGCGGUUAUGUUUGGAGACUUUGGGCAUGGUCUGCUAAUGUUCAUAUUUGCGCUCCUGACAAUACUGUAUGAAAACCACCCUAGAUUACAAAGAUCACAAGAGAUAAUGAAAAUGUUGUUUGAAGGCCGAUAUGUUAUUUUAUUAAUGGGUCUGUUUUCUGUAUACACUGGAUUGAUCUAUAAUGACUGUUUUUCAAAGUCGUUAAAUAUAUUUGGUUCUGGAUGGAAUGUUUCAGCAAUGUUUGAACAGGUUUGGAGUCUUGAGGAUCUGAAGUCUAAUCAAUUUUUAACACUGGAUCCAAAUGUUACUGGUGUAUACAAUGGAGCUUAUCCCUUUGGAAUUGAUCCGAUAUGGAAUUUGGCAAGCAACCGUCUCAGUUUUUUAAAUUCUUUCAAAAUGAAAAUGUCUGUGAUUUUUGGAGUGACUCACAUGACGUUUGGAGUUGUAUUGGGGGUAUUUAACCACUUGCAUUUCAAGAAGAAGUAUAAUAUUUAUUUGGUUUUUCUUCCUGAACUUUUAUUCAUGAUGUGCAUCUUUGGCUACCUUGUGUUUAUGAUCUUCUUUAAAUGGUUAGCGUACUCUGCAGAGGACUCUACCUCUGCUCCUAGUAUUCUGAUUCAAUUUAUUAACAUGUUCCUGUUUCCUGAUGGUGAAACAGAGGUCUUCUACACCGGACAGGUUGCUCUGCAGAGGUUUUUACUUAGUAUUGCUUUUCUUUCUGUUCCUGUAAUGCUUUUUGGUAAACCACUUUAUUUAUAUUGGUUGCACAGUGGAGGCCGAGGCAUUAGAAUGUACAGGAGAGGCUACAAGCUAAUUCGAAAAGAAAGUGAAGAAGAGCUUUCUCUGCUGAGAUGUCAUGAUGUAGAAGAAGGAAGCAGUCAUUCAGACAGUGGGCACAGAGAGGGGGAUGGAGAGGAGCUUAAUUUUGCAGAUGUGUUUAUGAAUCAAGCAAUUCAUACCAUUGAAUACUGUCUAGGAUGUAUUUCUAAUACAGCCUCAUACCUGAGACUCUGGGCAUUAAGUCUCGCUCAUGCACAGUUAUCAGAAGUUCUGUGGCAAAUGGUGAUGAGAGUGGGUCUUCGUGUGGAUACAACGUAUGGUGUCUUACUGCUAGUCCCUGUUCUAGCCUUUUUUGCUGUGCUAACGGUUUUUAUUCUUUUGGUCAUGGAGGGGCUUUCUGCUUUUCUCCAUGCUAUACGACUUCACUGGGUGGAAUUUCAGAACAAAUUCUACUCUGGUGGAGGAUACAAGUUUACGCCUUUCUCUUUUAAGCACAUUUCUUUACAUUUUAAUAAAGAUGAUACGGCAUAGUUUGGUUGCUGUCAGCAGAAAUGUUUGGAAUUGUCUGCAAAUAAUCAUGUGAUUGGAUCUCACCUAUGAAAGGUUUCUUGCAGGACAAAGUGGUUUUCACUGAUUGCCUUAUAAUGCAGCCAAAUAAUUCUGUAAUAUAUACCUCCCAUAGAAAUACAUAGCAGAUCUGGAGCAUCUUGUAAAGUAUAUAGAUAUAAAAUGUACAUUUUUCUUGAUAAACUAAUGUUGUAAAUUAAUUUUAUUCUUUAAAGAAAAAAAAGUUGUUACUGCUUGUACUAAAACCAGUGUAGGCAUUUUUUUUUUUUGUUGAGGCUGUUUAUUUUCUUCAAUGGUUACUUUUAAGUUAUCUGAAAGACUUUUCAUCAUAUUAAACAUUCAUUACUAAUCACAUACUUUAAGUAAGCUACCGUCUCAUGCAUUUCGGGAACAAUUUAGCAAUGCAACAGAAGCAAUGUGUGUUUUCAGUAUCUAUUCCAGAAGGAUUAUGAAAUGUAAAUUUAUACACAGCAGUGCACUGUGGUCUUUUUUGGCCACAUUUAAAAUUGCACCAAAAAUGUUAACUGUUUAUUCUGAGUUCUGCCCAGAGUUAUUACUUUAUUCUUUCAGAAGCCACAGUGAUAUUUAAUGUUAUGGAAGAAGGCAGGAUUAGAAGUGGAGACUGGAAGUAUUAGCCCUCUUACUUCCCUGUAGUGAGGUGCUUUCUGAUACGUGCUGUUCUGCAAAGUGAGUUGCGUGCAGCCCAUCACUUGUGGUGACCUUGAUGGGUAAAAGCCUCAGAAAAAGUCUUGCGCUGUCUGGAUGAGGACUCAAAUAAAAGAAUGCCUAUGAGAAAUUUUUAUCCCGAGUUUCCUGAAAUUUUUAUGCAGAGUUUCUACUCCUAGGAAAAACUUUUGCACGGGGAAUGAAGAAUUGGCCUUGAUCCGUGUUUAUGUUUGGCUGUAAGGACAUGCAUACAGUGUUACUUAGCUGAUGUUGUUGAACCAAAGUUUAUACUGAAUAGGUGGAAAGGGGUCAUUUUGUAUUAUUUUUUUGUAUCAGUGUGAAAAUGGGGAUAUUACCAUAAUGUUUUAACAUCUGUGCCAUAAGAACGGCGUAAGUUAAAUUUUGCACUUGUUUCAUACGAAUUCCGAAUAAAACCUCGUUUGCCCUGUUCA